CGGGAAUAAAUAAGACUAAUACUAUGGUGCAUUUCUAAGUCUAAGUUGUGCGCCUGAUGAUUAAAAAUAACCAAAAUAUUUGUUUAAUUAAUGAAACUAUCUUCAUUUACACGGUUUCCUCAUUUUCUUUGGUCCUUUAAUAUGUCUCAAACUAAAAUUUCUGCAUUUUUUCAAUCGCCCAUGCCCACUGCAAUCAAGAGAGAUCAACAGAAGAUGGAUAGAAAAAGAUCGACAGUCCCCGCAGAUUCAGAUCAAAACACAUUGGUAUGUAAAAUUUUAGGCUAAAUAAAACUUAAAUUAGACUAAUUAGAUUUAGAACCAACCAUGGAUACAAAAGUUGUUUGGUCAAUCCGCUCACGACUAGUACUAGUACCCUAGUCUUUACUUUGUAAGUCGUAGUAGACAGUAGUUCAGUAGUCUGUAGUCCUCAGUCAUGGAUGACAUUAUUGACAACUUUAAAGAUAACGCUGAUGCACUGAGAGUUCUCAUAAUCAACUUUUGAGUUUUUUUAGAUUAUAAAAAAAAUCACUGCCAGUUACGUCUGCUGUUGACUAUACUAUACUUGUGUAGCGCUUAGGGUGAAUAAAAUGUUACACAAACACGUUUAAGUCAAAUAUUUGAUUUUGAUUCUCACGCAAAGUGCUUAACUAACACAUAUUUGCACUUUAACCUAAACACAAUUUUAUAAGCUAUUGCUAAUUAAUAUACAUGUAUUGUUUAAGUAAUCUAGUAUUUUUACUGACAUUGCCACUCAGGAUGAUCAUGAAACUGUUAUUUAUUUUCAGAGCAAAAGCCAAGUUAGUAGUGAACCAGAACUGAAAAAGGCUAAAUUGUUUUCAUCUGAUUUGGGAGAUAGAAAUUCCCAUGGGACCACAGGCCUGGUGAAUGAAGCAAGUGAAGAAGAGGUGUCAGCACAGGAGAAAAAAAAGGUUGAAAACAACAAGAUAACAGCAAAAAUAAAACUUACUGGAAAUAAAACCAGUGGACUUGUUGUCAACAUAGGACUCUCUUGGUUUCAUGCAUUAGAUGCUGAAUUUUCAAAAGAAUACUUUUUAAAGGUAUAUUAUUUAUAGGCCUACAAUUUAAAAAAGAAAUUAAACAUGUUGAAUGUUGCUUGCUAGGUCAUGCUAGUUACAUCUUUUCUGCAGACAGAUGACAGGAGGAAUGACUAAAGGUUAUAUUAUUGGGAUGAUUUUAAAUGGAAGCAUCUGCCUUAUAUUAUAAGCAAUGAAUGUUAAGUUAUUUGAUCAUAAAAUACCCGGUAAUGAGAGUGUUCAGGAUUUUGAGGUUGGAGUCAGGAAAACCAUGUAGUCUGAUUUAUUUUUUACAGAUAAAAUAAUGUUUAAGUAAAAAUUAGUAGGGAAUAACUCUCUUUGUACCGGGUAUCUAUAAAGAUGUUAAAAAUGAGGUGUGGUAUGACUUGCUUUAGGAAAUAAUGAUUAAAUAGAAAGCAUGUCAAUAUAAAGCCCGAGUAAGUGGCUUUAUCGUUGUUUUGAAAAUGAUAAUAGUUUAGAUCUUUGAGUAUAUUUAAUUUCCUAGUUGUCUCAUUAUUUUUCAUCGUUUAAGGCCAGCUAUCCAGCUCGCCAGUGAUUUUAAGUGGCCUGCUAAAGCUGACAAAAUGUUGUGAUAUUGGCAUUUAAAUGAAAAUUAAAACACGAGUCACUAGCAAAUUCAAAUAAAUCUUUAAUUUCUCUGUUAAUAACACAGCUUUGUAUUAGCAGCUAAACUUAUCUAGUCACAUAAUAUUUCUAUAUAACCAUGCAUUUUGAACCAAGGAUUAAGCAAUUCAGCUUGAAAUAAAUAAAAUUCAGCUUAAUAGGCCUAUAAUCUUUCUCAUCAAGUCAGUGGUGGCUUUAUUGUGGUCCUCAGUUUCAUUACCAAUUUUUCAGUGGUCCUCUGUGCCAAAAGGAUAGACUGCAAUGAGUUGUGACAUUCUUGAAGUUGAUUAUUUGAUGUUUAUCAAGUCUUUUGUGACCUUCCAUUUAAUUUAUUAUUUUAAAUUGAAUAGAAAUGUUUUACAUCUAAUAUUUCAGAAAUGCAUAAUUUUAAUGUUAUUUAUCUUUAUUACAAAAUAGCCUAUUUAGAAUUAAAGUUUUAUCUCUAAAAUUGUAAUUCAGUUAAGCCAAUUUAUUGCACAAGAAAGAAAAUGUGCCACAGUGUAUCCACCAGCUGAUCGAGUUUUCACUUGGACAAAAGGAUGUGAUAUAAAUUCAGUAGGUAUUCAGUAGACAAUUUUUAAUCAAAUAGUUGAAAAGCUCUGACUGUCUCAUUCUCCAUAAAUGUUAUGCAAGAUGGUCUUCUAUAUCCUGUUCUAUGAUCCUACAUGACUAUAUUAAUUGUAAUGUAAUGUAGAAUUUAUUUUUUUAUUAUGCAUGUUUAAACCAUUCUAUUACUUCUUUUUAAAAACUAUUUAAAUUUUGAAUUUAGGUUAAAGUUGUGAUUAUUGGUCAGGACCCUUACCAUGGACCCAAACAAGCACAUGGUUUGUAUUUCAUGUGCAUUUUUUUUUUUUAUCGAAUACAAAUCAACACCCACUUCUAAGAAUUAGAGUUAUACUUAUUACAUAAUUAUAGAGAACUCCCAAUUUUGUUUUAAAGACUGACUGCUUGUCUUAUCAAUGCGCCUAUUGAAGACUAUUUUGGAAAUUGCAAAGUGUCAGUGUCUGUGCAAAGAUCGUGUGGCUGCGAAUGAUUAAAAAAGAAAGUGUGUGAACAAAUUCUUUUUAAGGAAAGUUACCUAAACAACUGCAAAUAUAUUUGGAUAGUAAUGAGUUCAUGUCACUGCAUUUUUUUUAAAGAUAUUGACAAGCAAAUGCUGAUUUAUUUUUUUUAUAAGCUCUCUUAGAGUCUCUAGAUGUUAUUUUUAUUUCAUUGUUACCCAUGGGCUGCCCACGAGGGAGGGGGGGGGAGCACGUGCGUGGCCCCCCCCCCCCCCCCCGCUGAUGGUAUUAAAAAAAAAAUUAAACAAAAAAAAAAAAAAAAUAAAAAAAAUUAGACAAAAAUAGACAAAAAAUAUACUAAAUUACCUAUCACUUCUUGGCAGUUUAAAAACUGCAGAUCUUUCACAGCAAUGUUUUUAAAAUUUAUAUUUGCAACAGUAGAGCAGAAAUUCGGUAAUAUAGCUAUUAUUCUUGUGUUUAUAUCAGGUCUUUGCUUUAGUGUUCUGCCAGGAAUAAAAGCACCUCCAAGGUAAAUUUAUUAGUAGAAAAGAGUGGAAUGUUAUAGGCUCCUAAUAAUUGGAUAUUGAUGAUGAGUAACUCUUCUAAAUUAAAAUAUUGUUUUAAAAUUGGGAAAAUAGAGCAAUUUGAUCUCCAAGCCUUACCCUGAUGGUAUGUACAUUUUAAAAUAAUUUAACUUUUUCAUCCUAAGCUAUUUAUGUUUAACUCAUUUUUUUCAUUAAGCACACAUAUUGACAGUUUCAAAUAGAGUGGUUAAUAAACACUGCUUUCAUAUAAAUAUGACAUAGUAAGAGAAAUCUAAUUUAACCCUUGAUUUCAACAUAUUUUUAAAAGAUUAAAUGAAUCUUUAAUAAAUUAUCUAGAUUAUUCAAGGAAGAAAUAGGUUGGUUUUUCUCCUGUGCCAUUUUUACCUUUAAUUUUUUUUUUUAAAUUACUUGGUUCAAAGAAUGAUAGGUCAAGAUAAAAAAAAUAAAACUGUGCACUAAUCCUGUUCAUUUGCAUAUUUCAGUUUGGAAAAUAUUUUCAAAGAACUUGAGAACAGUAUUGAUGGGUUUAAACGUCCUAAACAUGGCAAUCUUAUUGGUUGGGCUCAGCAAGGUAGGUUUAACUUAUAAGUAAUAUCAUUUUUGGAGAAAAAAGGAACUCCCAAACACACAUACAAACAAUCCAAAAAUGUGUUACUAUUUUACAAUUGUUAUACCCAUUGAAUUGCUUAUUAUUUUUUGUUUUCUAGGUGUGCUUCUACUUAAUGCUUGUUUAACAGUGAAAGCAGGUCAGGCCAACUCCCAUGCAGGCAGAGGUUGGGAGACAUUCACAGAUGCUGUGAUAAAUUGGCUAAAUUCAAAUUUAACAGGAGUUGUUUUUAUGCUCUGGGGAGCAUAUGCUCAAAAGAAAGGAUCAUGUAUUAACAAGGUUUUUCUAUUUUUUACCUUCUUUUACAAGUAAAUUAUCCAUUAAAGUUAUUUAGAGUAAAUUAAUAACAAAGAGUCAUCAAAAUUUCCUUAAUAUCAAUAACUUCUUACCUGACAAGAAUUGUAAAAUGAAAUACUGGUAACUGAACAAAUAUAUCUCUUCAAAAACUUUUUUUUAACCAGCUUAGAUUUCUUGGCAUUAUUAUAUUGAUUUAAUACCUCUCCAGGGAAUGUUAAUUACUUAUGCCUCCGUGCACUAAGUCUCUUUAAUUUAAUAUCACAUAAGUAGUAACAUGUCAGAUUUUUUAUCCCAGAAAAAGCACCACAUGUUGACAGCAGUUCAUCCAUCUCCCUUGUCAGCCCAUCGUGGUUUUCUGGGCUGUAAACAUUUCUCUACCUGCAAUGAAUUGCUCAUUAAAGAUGGCAGGAAGCCGAUUGAUUGGACUCACCUACCUGAAAAAGAAGAGCUGUAAUUUUUAAAAAUGUUGGUUUGAGCUUCACCUAAUUCUCAGUGUAAAUAUGUACAUUUUUUUUUUAUGGAAGGUUUUAUUUCUUUUAGAUGUGAAUUCAUUUUAUGAUGUUUUUACAGUGUAUUGCUUUCAUUAAAGUUCGUUUUGCACUUUUGAUCCUAGGUUAGAUGUCAGCAUCCCAUAGUAACAAAUAGUACUCUGUGAGGGGGGGGGGUCACCAAAAUAGGCU